AUGGCCAUUUCUAACCUUAAAGCCCUUGCAUAUAAUAUCUUAAAAGAAUUCGAAGAUCCCAUUGUCAGUGGUAAGGAUUUAUCAGAGCUGAACUGUUCAGAAUGCGACAAGAAGAUUAUUUCGUCUCCUCAUAUCAAAUCUUUCACAACAUUGAAAUGUGGACAUACGUUUCAUAGACUUUGUCUCGAAAAAAAGAUUUUACUUGCUUAUCCGAAUGUAUGUCCUUAUCCCAAUUGCGAUGAAAAACUUGACCUAAUAGAAUUUCCUAGGCGUGAUUCUGAGUCGAGUGGAUAA